AUGGCUGGUCGCUCUGGUGCAUCCGGAGCCCGCCAGAAGCUGGCUUGGGCCUUCAUCUUUCUGUUGGCAGCGCGGGAGGUGUCUGCAGCACGGGAGAUGCACCGCUCAGCCGAGCUCCACUCUCUCCAGGCCACCGUCCUGGGCCGCGCCGGGGAGGAUUUCCAGCGCGCCGAGGCGGUGCGCGAGGACAUGUCCUUCACCAUCCAGACCAAGUGGGCCAAAGGGAAGGCGUCGUCAUUACACUGGUCGGAUUCAACCAUUACCUUCAGUUUUGUUGGCGGCGACAAAUCUGCCGGCGAGACACCGCACUACGUAGAGGUGGAUGGUUUGGACACAAAGUAUCGGCUGAUGCCAGACGGCGCGGCGGUGAUGAAAUACAUCCACGGAAUGGACACUGUCAGCAUUGUCGGGUGGCAAGCCUACGAAGGCGGCAGGUGGGGCAACGCCAAGUACGCAAAGGAUGAGGCCUUGUACUUCCGGGCUGACCACAACCCCGCCGUGGGCGAAACCAAGUCCAAUUGGCACGGCCGCUCAGUGGGGCAUGUGGUCUACCAGGGUCACGGCCAGCUCUACUUCUUCAACAGCAAAGGCGUUCAAAAGGUCAUCGAGGCGGACGAGAUGACCGCUUACCCCGAGCCGCGUACGCAACGCCUGGAGCUUCACAUCGGCGGCAACCCCAAGGCCUUCAGCCAGCCGGACCGGGAGCUGAGCGUCCUGAUCGAUGCCAUGUUGGGCGAGGCCUCCUGCAUGGGCAAGAGCAGCAAGUGCGCCUUCCGGUGCUUCUACGACCCAGACAAGGACGUUUGCGGGCCCGCACCCUUUUGCCACAAGGUGGCGGCAGACACGAGCGCGAGCAUUGUGGCGCCCUUCGGGCAGCAGCAGAAGUGCCAGGCCGCGGGCGCGGAGCAGAAGGAGGCCGCAGACUUGGCGGUGAAGACAGCCGCGGAGGAUCUGAGGUCAAUGGCUCUGGGCGUGGCUGAGGAGCUGAAGGCCGCUCCCGACAUCAGCAAGUCCAAGGCCAGCCGCAGGACCAUGAAGGAGACUUUGAAGCUGUACGAAAAGGCUGGCGCCAUCCUCAACGUGUGGGAGGCGCUGCCCGGCCGUUUGGGCAAGGAGGCCGGGAACUUCGUUCAGGCCGAGAAGCGCCUGGCCCACACCGACAUGAAGCACUGGCGCGGCCGAGCGGACCGGUUGACGGUCCCGGAGUACCAGGAAGCGGCAGCGCAGCCCAUUCCGGUGGUCAGAGCAACGAUGGCGUUCUCCGCGGCCGCCAAGCUGCACAGCGAGCUCCGCGCGUUCAUGGAGAAGCGGCCAGCGAUCAUGAUCGAGUUUGCGAAGUCGGAGUCCAAAGGCAAGUGCCGCUUGUCCGACCAGACGACGGCGGACAAGGGGCAGUUGGGCACCUUCCUGAAUUACUUCAUGCUCGUGCCCGGCUUCAACACGGAGGAUGUGCGUGACACGGAUUUGGGCCUCCCGGAGCACUGUCAGGGGUUUCUGCAGGGCCUAGGAACUAUAAAUGUCAAGCGCGUGGCGGCCAGGGUGGCGGACGGGGAGGCGGAGCUGGAGAAGGAGCCUGACGCAGUGGCGGGGAAUUCGUCAUUGGUUGAGGUGGUGUCUGACGCUGCAGAAGGUGAGCGCUUCCGGGCAGAGGGUGGCGACGCUGCAGUUGCAGAGACUGCUGAAGUUCUCUUCAUCCUGGCUUGCGUCAUUGUGUGCCUCGCUUGCCUGCUCUUCGGCGGCAUCUUCGGGACACUGGCCCUCGGCAGCAUGCGAAACGGUGACGGCACGGCUUUCCUCGCCAGUAGCAUGAUCGGCGGGCUGAUCCUCUUUGGCGCCUUCGCCAUGGCUUGGCCCGUGGGCGUGGCCGCCUUGGUGGGCGCGAUCAUUUUUGUUUGGUCAUGGUCACUCCUGGAAAAGAGCGCCAUGCCGCACCAACUUUCGGCCCUCCAGCUAGCGGCGCAACUUAGCUCGUGA